CAGCUGUAAGGUCUUUGCCAACAUUGCACGGCUCAGAGAGGCAGGCCAAGCAGAAUAUGGCUGUUUGUACUUUGGGUCUACUUAGAAAUCAAGCCAUCCCAGUAUGGUGGUGGUACAUGGAGCCUUUCAUUUCUACGUGACUUGGUCCAAUGCAGCCCAGAUCAGUGGUGACUUAAACAAACCAGCCCUUGGGAGCUUUUUGUGGUCUACAUUAAUUAAAUGCCUCAGGUAUGAGUGGGUGGAUGUCCAUAUCACCACAGCUGCCUGUUGGCUGUCUCAGCCAAGAGACUUUGGAAACUGAACUUCUUCACCCCAAGCUUCUGUCCUUCCACACCAGGGAGAUACACUGGGAGAUGGAGAAUCUGUUGACAGAGGACUUCAACUUAUGCCCUUGCCAACCUAACAUUUUUCAUCCUACAUACAUUUGGCGAGGAUUUUUUUCUUUUAAAAUGCCAAAUUGCUCCUGGCUCAAAGAGUCUCCCUCUGAAAGGGAAGGAAACUAGUCUUUUGGAUGCUCCUGGUGAACAUCCAUACUCAAAGCAAAACAGCUUUACUUUCAGAUUUGUUUGGUUUCAAUUUAAUGUAGUGACACUCCUCUUGAUAAUUAAAAUUCACAGGGAAACAUCAACACUGUUUAUCCACCAAUCCUACUGCCUGCAGCUCAGCUGCAGCUGGGACCUUUUCUCUUGGCAAGAAUCCCAAGCUAGAUGUAUACAUGCACCCUUGCACACCUCACUCUGCAGUCUGUAUGCCCUGAGCCCCUAGAAAGACAGGAGAGUGUAAGUGGUAUGAAGGACAACCGGAAGCUGUUAUUUUGCCAGUCCAAUAUUAAACCACAGGGCAGCCAAUGACAUUUCAUAAGGGUACAGAUAUUUAAUAAAAAUACCCAGCCCCAGUAUUUUGCUGCACCGUUGAAAUUUAUUGUAGAUUAGAGGGCAUCAUUUCCAAAAGACUACAGGUGAGAUGUCCACAUACAUGGCAAGAUUCAGUCUCACUGUGGCAGGGUCAGGGGAGAUGCAUGUGACUGGGCACUCCCUGGACCAAUAUUGGCCAAGGGAUGUCGCUGCCUCUGGUGUCUGCUUGCCUGCCAUGACUUGAUGUUGAGUUCAUGAUUACAGAACAGGCAGUUCGUCAUAAUGGCAUGUAGUCCCUUUAUAGGUAGGAUUCAUGCUUAAGAGUUACAGUUGAAACACAGUUCAAAAUUAGGGCCUGUCUCCUUAAGGGCUGGUCAGACUUGCAAGUGCGAUCGCCUUGUGUGUCUGAGCAGGGCACCCUACGCCCCCUCCACAGUCCACCAGACUUACAACAGAAACAGACACAGCAAAAGAGCAGGACUAUUUGCACUCCUCUUACCCCAAUCUGGCAGUGUUGCAGCCUAGCAGCUUCUCUCUCUUCUUCCCCCUCCUCCCUUCUGGUCUCCACAGCUGCUGCUUAUCUCCCUCCCGGAGCCCCAGCAGCCAAUCUCCUGGAUUCUUCACCCCCUGACAGUCAGCGGACCCUUAGAAAACCAACACAAUGGCUGCAGUCAGGCUUCUUGUCCCUGUCUUCAUCGGCCUGUGUGCAUAUUAUUUCUACAGCCAAGAAACUUUAUCUGCAGAUAUGGUGCAAGGGAAGCGUGUGCUGGUCACAGGUUCAAGCACUGGGAUUGGGGAACAAAUAGCCUACGAGUUUGCCAGGAUGGGAGCCCACCUGAUCAUCACCGCUCGGAGGGAGAAGCAGCUCAAGGAGGUGGCAAAGAAGUGCUUGGAACUGGGGGCGAGUUCUGCCAGGUAUGUUGUGGCCGACAUGAACAACUUGAGUUCAGCCCAGGAAGUCAUUGAAGAAGCUGGAAGCAAACUAGGAGGCCUUGACUACCUAGUUUUGAACCACGUUGGAGGAACUGGUUCAUUUGGCCCAUUUCAGGGAGAUAUGACAGAAGUGACCAGCUCCAUGACUGUCAACUUUUUGAGCUAUGUCCAGCUGACUGCUUCAGCCAUGACUAUGCUGAAGGAGUCUCAGGGCAGUAUCAUUGUCAUCUCCUCCUUGAGUGGUCGCAUUGGAGACCCAUUUGCCCAAUCAUACAGUGCAGCUAAGUUUGCUCUGGAAGGAUUCUACAGCUCACUACGCAGGGAGCUGAACCUUCAGCAGAUCAAUCUCUCAGUCACAAUUGCUGUGCUGGGAUAUAUUGACACAGAAAAUGCUGUGAAUGCUUUUGCUGACAAAACAACGAUGACAGCGAAUCCCAAGGAGGAGUGUGCCCAGGAAGUGGUGCGGGCUGGUGUGCUACGACACCGGGAGGUUGUCUAUCCUUACUGGAGCCUCCAGCCUUUCCUGCUGCUGAGAGACUGGAUGCCAGGCCUGGUAGAAAAGCUGCUGGACCAAUUCUAUAUUCUGGAGAAUAUCGUUUAAGCUUCAGGGCAUUGCAUGUCCAAAAGGAUGGAAAUAAAAGGAAAAUAUGGCAAGACA